UUCCUCAUUACGACCACAGUGAUAGUCGACUUGGGACUAUAAAAAUCUUGUGGUGCUGUAGUGUCAUCAACUUCACCUGAGCUAAUGAGCAAAAAUAGUUGACAAAGUAACACUUUACUGAUUGGUCAUAGAAGGCAUCUGAUCCACUUCAGUGUUGAUGGUGUUGUGAAGUGCAGGAGGUGUGAUCCUCUUCCUGGAUUUUUAUUGAACAAAUGACCUUUACAAGUGAAAUAUUGAUUUUGGUUGCAUAUAUGAAACUUUGAUUAAAGACACAAUAUAAGCUGUCAGCAUUAUAUUGCCUAAUAGAAAGAUUUUUUGUGCCUUUCAUACGAGUGAAUCAAAUCUAGAGGCAGCACUAUGCGCCCGGGAGCAGAUAAUAUCUAUCUGUUCUCUUUCCUGUGAACCACCGACUGACAUUGUCCAAUGAUCAGUCAAGAUGACUAAUAUGACCGAAACAAGGUACUUUUCCCCAAAAGACGACGAUGAUUCCGAUACUUACUGGAUCAUCCUGGGAAGUCUUGUCACUGUCGUUGCGAUUGUUAUCGCCGUCGUCAUCAUAAUCUUCGUAAAAGUUUUCAAGAUAUUCAAGACAAGACAGGAGUCGAUCACCAGCAACAUUGCGGCAAGCUUUCGCCGGAGAGGAUUUACCAGUAGUUGGAGACAGCCUGAUACCAGCGUUAUUGUCACGUCGGAGGAAGUCAACCUUUAUGCAGCCAGUUGGAGAAUGAACUCCAACGAGAUUAAUGUUAGGAACAGCGGGAACGAGCACCCGGAACGUGUGGAUAACCAACAUGGAAAUACAUAUAGCAGUCACCCCCAAACUCCUCACGGAAACAGUUACACCUACCACAGUCAAAUUUAUAGCGGGGAAGACCAAAUUUACAAUCUUAACAAUCAAGCCAACAGCGUUAACAACUAUGUCUACGAAAGGGAUAAUCAUGGCCAUAAGAGUGACAGUUAUAUCAACAUCGUUGAUGUUGAUGCUGCUGAUGAAAAAUCGAUCUACAUCAACACCACAAACUUGGCAACGCAGUACAUUGCAGCCAACACCAACCCCUACGAUUAUCUGCCGAAUGGAAGUAAACCCAGAAAGACCAGCAAUGACUGUCGAGUAGAACUCCCAGUAUCAGUAGACAAGGCAGCAACGGCCAGUCAGCCUAUCUACGAUUACCCAAGAGAAAAUACACAAGUAAAAAAAGACCAAAUUUACAAUCUUAACAUCCAAGCCAACAGCGAUAACAACUCUGUCUACGAAUGGGAUGAUCAUGGCUACAACAAUGACCGUUAUAUCAACAUCGCCGAUGUUGAUACUGAUACUGAUGAUGAAAAAUCGAUCUACAUCAACACCACAAACUUGGCAACGCAGUACAUUGCAGCCAACACCAACCCCUACGAUUAUCUGCCGAAUGGAAGUAAACCCAUAAAGACCAGCAAUGACUGUCGAGUAGAACUCCCAGUAUCAGUAGACAAGGCAGCAACGGCCAGUCAGCCUAUCUACGAUUACCCAAGAGAAAAUACACAAGUAGUACAAGCUGAAUCUAACUAUGAUGACUCAUCGCAAGGUUCAAGGCCAGCAAGGCCCUCACGAACUAUGGUGAAUGAUCAAGAAAUCAACAAUGCUCCACCAAGACCCCCUAAACCAGUGAGGUAUUACCCAAGAGAAAAUGCACAGGUAGUACAAGCUGAAUCUAACUAUGAUUACCCAAGAGAAAAUGCACAGGUAGUACAAGCUGAAUCUAACUAUGAUUACCCAAGAGAAAAUGCACAGGUAGUACAAGCUGAAUCUAACUAUGAUUACCCAAGAGAAAAUGCACAGGUAGUACAAGCUGAAUCUAACUAUGAUUACCCAAGAGAAAAUGCACAGGUAGUACAAGCUGAAUCUAACUAUGAUUACCCAAGAGAAAAUGCACAGGUAGUACAAGCUGAAUCUAACUAUGAUUACCCAAGAGAAAAUGCAGUAGUACAAGCUGAAUCUAACUAUGAUUACCCAAGAGAAAAUACACAGUUAGUACAAGCUGAAUCUAACUAUGAUUACCCAAGACAAAAUGCACAGGUAGUACAAGCUGAAUCUAACUAUGAUUACCCAAGACAAAAUGCACAGGUAGUACAAGCUGAAUCUAACUAUGAUGACUCAUCGCAAGGUUCAAGGCCAGCAAGGCCCUCACGAACUAUGGUGAAUGAUCAAGAAAUCAACAAUGCUCCACCAAGACCCCCUAAACCAGUGAGGUAUUAAAGACAACGAGUCACAAACGUCCCUAAACCAGUGAGGUAUUAAAGACAACCGGUCACAAACGUCCCUAAACCAGUGAGGUAUUAAUGAAAACCAGUCACAAACGUCCCAAAACCAGUGAGGUAUUAAAGACAACCAGUCACAAACGUCCAUAGAGACCUGUAAAUUGUGUAUGUGUGUUCGAUACCACCAGGUGAAAAUGCAUAAUAAGGGAGAACAAACUACCGUGUUAAUAAUAGACCUACUGAUGAAAGUGCUGUAGAAUAAACCGUAAAUGAAACCGCUUGCAAGGAGGUUAUGAAAAAAUAUGUUUAGAAUGUCUAAAUGACGAAAGUGAAUAUUGCCGUUGAAUACUAGGGAAAAGUGCAUUUUUAUUGUGCAUUAUACUUUUGGUCAUUUUACUGCUUAACAAAGUGGUAGGGUGUCUCAAGACUUGCCGGGAAAUUCAAUGGAAUAUAACUAACGUAAUCUGAAUGAUAAAGACCUGCGUGUCAAACAAUGCUUCUACAUUCGGUUUUUUAAUACUCCAUUUUUUUCUUCAUAAUUCCACACUUGGAUAUCAUGUUGCAUGAUGAAUUUCAACGUGUUGCUGGUAACUAUGGCAGCAGAAAAUAUUUUUGCAGCCACUCAAAAGCUUCACACAAAAACACGCAAAAGAGCAAAAUUCGACGAGCAGGAUUUAUUUUUGCUUAUAAACCAGAUUUUAGGGAUAAGUAUAGCACAUUCUUUCAUUGCUAUCUUAUAUAAACAAUCGUUUUUAUUUCUUAUGACGUAAUGCAGUGUUAUAAUUGCAAUAUAUAUAUAUAUAUAUAUAUAUAUAUAUAUAUAUAUAUAUAUAUAUAUAUAUAUAUAUAUAUAUAUAUAUAUAUAUAUAUAUAUAUAUAUAUAUAUAUAUAUAUAUAGGUAUUGACAUUAAUACCAUGACCCGCUCUCUGCUCAACACUGCCCACACAAUACUCUCAACACUGUAUUUCUCUCACUUCUGAUUUGUUCCUUCGUUCCGCAUCACGAGUCCACGCUUCACUCUCAUACGGUGGUGUCGGUUUAGGGGUUCCCUGUACCUAUCUCACCUUGGCCUUUGCUGAUAUAGAAGUCUAAACUAUUUUCGUGUUUCAGUCUGCCACUUUAUUUCAUUCUCUUCGCUCCAUUUGCUGACCCCCCCCCCACAUACCUGACACAAUACUCUGUUUCUUCUUUAUUAUCUCCAUUCCAAUUACCUUUUAUAUUUUACCUGUCUUCCGUCACUAUUUAUAUCAUUAAUUUGUGAUUGUUUAAUUACUCUGUAGAUAAUAUCCACAACUGUAAAUGAUCAUUUAUUGAUGUUAUAUAUUAAAAUGCAAUCCGAAUA